AUGGUUCUAGUAGAGUGCAAACGUCUCCCCAAGGAGGAGUACAGCAAGGACUAUGACGCUUUCCUUGCCUCCUUUCCUGGAAAUACCAACAUUGGUGUCGCAACAGAUGCGUUGCAGAAGAUGCAAAACACGCGCGUGCGCCUGAAGUGGAUGAUUGCCGCGGCGAAUCAGCUCGCCAAGGAUUCCUGCGAGGAGGAUCAACGCCACCACCUCCUAGGCCCCGCACGCGAUGCGGAGGCGUACCUCUCGUUGGAGCGCAACCAGAAUCGGCAGGUUUGCACCCAGGAAGAGCUCGAUGCGCUCGUGAACGCCUUUAAGGGUGGGGUUAUGAUUCUUUUCCCGGAGGAGUGCAGCGGCGCGGAUGCCUGCCAGCGGUUGACGGCCAUUCUUGAGGAUGACGACACUCCGGAUGCGCGGAAGUCGAAGACGCAUCGCAUCCUGAGCCUCAUCGACGACGGCGCGACGAACGAGGCGACGUUGGAGGGCGAGGCGGUGAUGUGGUGGAGCGCGAGGCCGCUCGCCCGCGAUGCCGACUUUCUUCGCUACAUUGGCAAGAACGAGAAGACGAAGAUUACGGUAAAACUCGCGCCGGUUGGGGGCGCCGCGCCGCCGCGUGAGCCCGCCCUGGAUGCCAGAACCCAGGCCGAACUCGUCGCGUACUACCAUCGAAAACAAGAGGAGAACAAGAAGUUGAUCGAGGAUGAGGAUAUUUCGUACGGCAAUAGUGAGUGGGCAAACCCACAUGGGCUAAAGAGUCAGUUGCAGGGAUUCAACGGGAUUAAGUAUCGCCCUUCCUAA